AUGUCAGACGAAGAUUAUUCCGGCCUCCCCUUGGAGGAGCGAAUCAUCCACAAGGUGUGGAAAGUGCGUCUCGGCGCCUACGAGGAGAUAGACAAACAGUUUGCUGCCUCUGCCAAUGAGCAGAGCGAUUGCUUCCAACUAUUUCUCAAAAACGGUGACCUAUUCGGCAAAAUCGUCACUGACAGCAACGUGGUGGCGCAGGAGGCGGGGAUCCAGGCGUUGUGCACCUUCCUCGAGUACGGCGGGACACCCGCGUGCACGCGGAUCCGCGGGCGCACCGUGGGACCGUUGAUCGAGAAGGGGCUCGCAUCGUCGCGCGCUGGCACGAAGCAAAAAACUAUCAACGCAUUGUUGAUGUUUGUUGAGUUGGAUACACCUGAGCUUAUUGUGGACGAAAUCCUCCCCUUUUUAAGUGCACGCUUGCCAAAGCUUGUGGCUACUGCCACAAAGGCGUUAGCUGAGAUUUACGUCCAGUUCGGGGCGAAGGCGGUAUCACCAAAGACUGUGAUUCCGGCGAUUCCAAAGUUGUUCAGUCACGCAGACAAGACCGUUCGUGCGGAGGCCACGCUCUUGACAGUGGAGAUCUACAAGUGGAUGGGCGUGACCCUUGAGACGGUUGUUUUUCCCGAUUUGAAACCGGUCCAACAGAAAGACUUGAAGAAGGCGUUUGAGGCCGUGACCAAGGCGCCCGUCCAGCUCCGGCUUUUGAGGUCCCAGAAGGAAGCUUUGGAGGGACUGAGCGAGGCCCACGGAGACGUGUCGAUGCACGACGCCGAGGAAGACGUCGACCCAUUCGACAUGAUUGAGGCGAAGAACGUGUUGGCAGCCAUGCCCGCGGAUCUUCAUGAGCGAAUCAAUUCCACUAAGUGGAAGGACCGCAAGGAGGUUUUGGAGGAGGUCCACGUGGUAGUGAAUACUCCCAAGGUGGCCGAUGGCGAUUACACCGACUUGGCGCGAAUCUUGGCCAAGUGUAUGAAGGACGCGAACGUCCAGGUGGUCCAGCUCGCGGCGAACUGUACUGAGUUUCUUGCACGCGCUUUGCGCACGAAGUUUGCGCGGUACCUCAACAUCCUCUUGGCCCCGACCCUUGAACGCACGAAGGAGAAGAAAUUGUCGGUGACCGAAGCGUUAGCGGGGGCGUUGGAUGCCCUCUUCCAGUGCAGCUCGCUCUCGGACAUUCUCGAGGAAACUAUCGUCUUCUCCAGGCACAAGACACCACAAGUGAAAAUUGAGGCUACAAAAUACUUAGCCAGAUGCUUGAAGAACACCACGGUCUCGCCCAAGCGUGCGGAAGUGGAAUUGAUCAUGACUGACAUUGUCAAAUUGCUUAGCGAUUCCCAGGAGCCGGUCAGGGCCGCUGCCUCCGACGCCAUCGGGACCUUGAUGAAGAUCACCGGUGAGCGCGAGUUGAAUGCGUACUUGGAGAAGGUGGAUGAUAACCGAAAGAGCAAGAUCCAGCAGGUGUUCGAGGCUGUGGAGGUCAAGUGCAAGUUCUCCACGGGGCCUGCCAAGCUGGUGAAACCAGCUUCAGCUGUUAGGACUACCGCCGCCACCAGACUCGUGAGAAAGGCCGAGGAGCCGAUAGGGACUAGAAAAUCCGUCACAGGGUCCAUCCCGACAAAGCGAGGCGCUACCUCACCGUUAAAGCGUGACGAAGCUGCAGCCCAGAAGCCAGCCGCGGCCCGCAGCGGCCUCACCGGCCGUAUCCUCACUACCGCCCCGGCCUUGCCCCCACCCAGGUUUGAAGUGUCAAAUCCGCGGGAUAAGGAAGAGUUGGAGGAUUUGCGCGCCGAGAAGAAUGCCUGGUUGAAGGAGCGCGAGCUGGCCCAGUGGCAGAAACAGGAGUUUGCCACCGAGAAGAGCCGGCUCAUGCAGGAAAUUGAUUCGUUGCAACUGCGCAACGAAAAGCUCAUGGAGGAGCACACUCACGACGUGUUGGCUAUCAAGUCGAAGGAUACUCAGCUCAUCCGAGCAAACAACGAGUUGGACGAGAUUAGAAGCGCGAUGUUGCGGUUGCAGAAGGAGAAUGCUGUGCUAAAGACGAGGUCGGAGGCCGGACAUCCAGCAGAGCAAGGACACCCAUCCGAGGCUGUUGACUUGAGCUCCCGGGUGAGUGGACUCAGCAUCGAUGGCCACAACCCGUACGAGCAGCGGGAGAACAAAUUUGCCUCCAGGGACUACCCAAAACAGCCUCUUGAGGUUGAUACGAAUGACGACAGUUGGAGACGGGCUGCCGAGGUCACGUCACAAUUGAAGGCCCGUAUUGAGAAGAUGAAAGCGAGAUCGAGAAGCAACAUUUCGAGCUUUUAGGAUGGGUGAGAAGUGGCACUUUAGCAAGAAAUGAAAUGCAAGUGGUACAGCCGGAGACUCAAAAUUGUGAAUGGUGGCUUAGACCUUCAGUCUAAGCUAUGCUUUCUAUUUUUUUUUUGCCAGAGAACGCCAUACGUAUAUGUGGCUGUACCCGAUGCUGUGAAAGCCAUGAUGCUUUCUAUUUCCAGUCAGAAGAGGAACAUAGUGGAAGUUUAUGCCCAUGGCUUGAAUCUGAGUCCGGUGUGGUAUUUCUCGGCUCGUAGUUUGCUGGUUAUCUAGGAAGCGAGACUGUA